AUGUGCUGUAUAAAUAAACAUUACUUACUCACUUACCUACCCUGCCUCCCCCUAUUUCCCCCUACCUCUCCCUACCUCUCCCUGCCUCUCCCUGCCUCUCCCUGCCUCUCCCUACCUCUCCCUACCUCUCCCUACCUCUCCCUACCUCUCCCUGCCUCUCCCUGCCUCUCCCUGCCUCUCCCUGCCUCCCCCUGCCUCUCCCUGCCUCCCCCUGCCUCCCCCUGCCUCUCCCUGCCUCCCCCUGCCUCCCCCUGCCUCUCCCUGCCUCGCCCUGCCUCGCCCUGCAUCUCCCUGCAUCUCCCUGCCUUCCCCUGCCUCCCCCUGCCUCCCCCUGCCUCCCCCUGCCUCCCCCUGCCUCCCCCUGCCUCCCCCUGCCUCUCCCCGCCUCCUCCCUGCCUCCCCCUGUCUCCUCCUGCCUCCAACCGGCCUCCCCCCUGCCUCCCCCUGUCUCCUCCUGCCUCCCCCUGUCUCCUCCUGCCUCCUCCCUGCCUCCCCCUGUCUCCUCCUGCCUUCCCCUGCCUCCCCCUGCCUCCUCCCUGCCUCCCCCUGCCUCCUCCCUGCCUCCCCCUGUCUCCUCCUGCCUCCUCCUGCCUUCCCCUGCCUCCCCCUGCCUCCUCCCUGUCUCCUCCUGCCUCCUCCUGCCUUCCCCUGCCUCCCCCUGCCUUCCCCUGCCUCCCCCUGCCUUCCCCUGCCUCCCCCUGCCUCCUCCCUGUCUCCUCCUGCCUCCUCCUGCCUUCCCCUGCCUCCCCCUGCCUCCUCCCUGCCUCCCCCUGUCUCCUCCUGCCUCCUCCCUGCCUCCUCCCUGCCUUCCCCUGCCUCCUCCUGCCUCCUCCCUGCCUCCCCCUGUCUCCCCCUGCCUCCCCCCUGCCUCCCCCUGCCUCCCUCCUGCAGUAA